GCGGAGGAUAGUUUGUAAUUUUGUCCAACGUAGAAAAAUUAUAAACCCACAUUUUUUCCUUCAUGUAGAAUCUAAACCGAUUUAACUCCGCGAUUUCUGAGGGUCGCUUUUUAUCCGGUUCGGUUUAGUUAGUGCAAGUGGAUCCGCAGCCAUGGCGCAAGUUUUACCAAUACGUUUUCAAGAGCAUUUACAGCUCACAAACAUUGGCAUCAACCCUGCCUCCAUCUCGUUCAACACCCUGACGAUGGAGUCGGACAAGUUCAUCUGUGUCCGAGAAAAAGUUGGGGAAACAGCUGAGGUUGUGAUCAUAGACUUGGGUGACCCAACAAACCCCAUCCGUCGGCCGAUCAGUGCUGAUUCCGCCAUCAUGAACCCGGCUAGCAAAGUCAUUGCUUUGAAAGGAAAAGCUGGAGUUGAAGCUCAAAAAACGCUCCAAAUCUUCAACAUCGAGAUGAAAUCAAAGAUGAAGGCGCACACCAUGACUGAGGACGUCGUAUUCUGGAAGUGGAUCUCUCUCAACACUCUCGCCCUUGUCACCAAGAUGUCAGUGUACCACUGGUCAAUGGAGGGAGAUUCUACACCGGUGAAGAUGUUCGAUCGCCAUUCAUCGUUGGCUGAUUGCCAGAUUAUCAACUACAGGACUGAUCCUAAGCAGCAAUGGUUGCUGCUAGUCGGUAUCUCAGCGCAGCAGAAUCGCGUAGUGGGCGCGAUGCAGCUAUAUUCGGUAGAGCGCAAGUGCUCGCAGCCGAUCGAAGGUCAUGCCGCCUCAUUCGCCACCUUUAAGGCCGAAGGCAACGCGGAACCUUCCACGCUGUUCUGCUUCGCCGUACGUACUGCUCAAGGCGGAAAAUUACAUGUCAUUGAGGUCGGACAAACACCAGCGGGCAACCAACCAUUCCCAAAGAAAGCAGUCGACGUUUUCUUCCCUGCGGAGGCUCAGAACGAUUUCCCAGUAGCUAUGCAAGUUUCGCCCAAGUAUGACGUCAUCUACCUCAUUACGAAGUACGGCUACAUACACAUGUAUGAUAUCGAGACGGGAACGUGUAUUUACAUGAAUAGGAUUUCCUCGGAUACUAUAUUUGUUACUGCACCACACGAGGCCACUGGUGGUAUUAUCGGAGUAAACCGCAAAGGCCAAGUGCUAUCUGUGACCGUGGAAGAAGACUCUAUAGUUCCAUACAUCAACACGGUGCUUCAAAACCCCGAACUUGCCCUGCGCAUGGCUGUGAGGAAUAACCUGGCUGGUGCUGAAGACCUGUUUGUCAGGAAGUUUAACAUGCUGUUCACUAAUGGACAAUAUGGGGAAGCUGCUAAGGUGGCAGCGAUGGCACCCCGCGGUAUUCUGCGUACGCCGCAAACGAUCCAGCGGUUCCAGCAGGUGCCCACGCAGCCGGGGCAAACCUCGCCCCUGCUGCAGUACUUCGGUAUUCUUCUCGAUCAAGCACAGCUUAACAAGUUCGAGUCACUUGAACUCUGUCGCCCUGUCCUGCUACAAGGCCGCAAGCAGCUGCUAGAAAAAUGGCUAAAGGAAGAGAAGCUAGAAUGUUCAGAAGAACUUGGUGAUCUCGUGAAGCAAGUGGACCCGACACUCGCGUUGUCCGUGUAUCUGCGCGCCAAUGUAGCCAGCAAGGUCAUCCAGUGCUUCGCCGAAACUGGACAGUUCCAGAAGAUUGUACUCUAUGCUAAGAAGGUCGGCUACACACCUGACUACAUCUUCCUCCUUCGCCAAGUGAUGCGUACGAACCCGGAGCAAGGAGCUGGUUUCGCAGGAAUGCUGGUGGCUGAAGACCCUCCUCUGGCCGACAUCAAUCAGAUCGUCGAUGUGUUCAUGGAGCAGAAUAUGGUACAGCAGUGCACUGCAUUCCUGCUGGACGCCCUUAAGAACAACCGACCUGAAGAGGGGCCUUUACAGACAAGGCUGCUUGAAAUGAACCUGAUGUCAGCACCGCAAGUGGCAGACGCCAUUUUAGGGAACGCGAUGUUCACGCACUAUGACCGCGCGCACGUGGCGCAGCUCUGCGAGAAGGCGGGUCUGCUGCAGCGCGCCCUGGAACAUUACACAGACCUGUACGACAUCAAGAGGGCUGUUGUCCAUACGCAUCUACUAUCAGCCGAAUGGUUGGUCACCUACUUCGGCUCUCUCUCCGUAGAAGACUCCCUCGAGUGCCUAAAGGCGAUGCUGCAAGCGAACAUUCGCCAGAAUUUGCAAAUAUGCGUACAAAUCGCUACAAAGUAUCACGAACAACUCACGACAAAGGCCUUGAUCGAGUUGUUCGAAAGUUUCAAGACUUAUGAAGGCUUAUUCUAUUUCCUCGGAUCUAUUGUCAACUUCAGCCAGGAUCCUGAAGUCCAUUUCAAGUAUAUUCAGGCCGCCUGCAAGACGGGUCAGAUCAAAGAAGUCGAGCGCAUCUGUCGCGAGUCGAACUGCUACAACGCGGAGCGCGUCAAGAACUUCCUCAAGGAGGCCAAGUUGCCUGACCAGCUGCCGCUGAUAAUUGUGUGCGACCGUUUUGACUUCGUCCACGACCUCGUGCUGUACUUGUACCGCAACUCACUGCAGAAGUAUAUUGAGAUCUAUGUACAAAAGGUGAAUCCAUCCCGUCUGCCAGUGGUGGUGGGCGGACUUCUCGAUGUGGACUGCUCUGAGGAUAUAAUUAAGAACUUGAUCCUGGUCGUGCGUGGACAGUUCUCCACAGACGAGCUUGUCGCUGAGGUCGAGAAGAGGAAUAGACUGAAGCUGCUACUCCCGUGGCUGGAGACGCGCGUACACGAAGGCUGCAACGAGCCGGCCACGCACAACGCUCUGGCUAAGAUCUAUAUUGAUUCCAACAACAAUCCUGAACGGUUCCUCAAGGAGAACCAAUGGUACGACUCGCGCGUAGUAGGUCGCUACUGCGAGAAACGCGACCCCCACUUGGCCUGCGUAGCGUACGAGCGCGGACAAUGCGACCGCGAACUCAUCGCCGUCUGCAACGACAACUCGCUGUUCAAGACGCAGGCGCGUUACUUGGUGCGACGUCGCGACCAGGACCUUUGGCUUGAAGUGCUUUCGGAAUCCAAUCCUUUUAAGAGACAGCUUAUUGAUCAGGUUGUACAAACAGCGCUAUCCGAGACGCAAGACCCUGAGGACAUCUCAGUGACUGUAAAGGCUUUCAUGACCGCUGAUCUGCCCAACGAACUCAUCGAGCUGCUAGAGAAGAUUGUACUGGACAACUCCGUUUUCUCUGACCACAGGAAUCUGCAGAACUUGCUUAUUCUUACUGCAAUAAAGGCGGAUCGCAGCCGCGUGAUGGAGUACAUCAACAGGUUGGACAACUAUGAUGCGCCAGACAUCGCGAACAUAGCCAUUAACAACGAACUCUACGAAGAGGCUUUCGCUAUCUUCAAGAAGUUCGACGUGAACACUUCUGCAAUACAGGUGCUGAUCGAGCAAGUGAAAGACCUCGAACGUGCGUACGAAUUCGCGGAACGCUGUAACGAACCCGGUGUUUGGUCGCAACUCGCUAAGGCCCAACUGCAACAGGGCUUGGUUAAGGAGGCCAUUGACUCCUACAUCAAGGCCGAUGACCCAUCCGCCUACAUGGACGUUGUUGCUACUGCUACUGAGGCAGGAUCAUGGGAAGACCUUGUCAGAUACUUGCAGAUGGCCCGCAAGAAGGCUCGUGAGUCGUACAUCGAAUCUGAACUCAUCUACGCUUACGCCCGUACCGGCCGCCUUGCAGACUUGGAAGAAUUCAUCUCCGGACCGAACCACGCUGACAUUCAGAAAAUCGGAGACCGUUGCUUCGAAGACAAAAUGUACAAUGCCGCUAAGUUGCUGUACAACAAUGUGAGCAACUUCGCGAGGUUGGCUAUUACUCUGGUUUAUUUGAAGGAGUUCCAGGGCGCGGUGGACAGUGCGCGCAAAGCCAACUCGACUCGUACUUGGAAGGAGGUGUGCUUCGCGUGUGUCGACGCCGGCGAGUUCAGGCUCGCGCAGAUGUGCGGUUUACAUAUCGUCGUCCACGCCGACGAACUUGAGGACCUGAUCAAUUACUACCAGGACCGAGGCCAUUUUGACGAACUAAUCAGCUUGCUGGAAGCCGCGCUGGGUCUUGAACGUGCUCACAUGGGCAUGUUCACAGAGCUCGCCAUCUUAUACUCGAAAUACAAACCCGCCAAGAUGCGGGAACAUCUCGAACUGUUCUGGUCGCGCGUCAAUAUUCCCAAGGUGCUACGCGCAGCAGAACAAGCGCACUUGUGGUCGGAACUAGUGUUCCUCUACGACAAAUACGAAGAGUACGACAACGCAGCAUUGACAAUGAUGCAGCACCCCACAGAGGCCUGGCGCGAAGGACACUUCAAAGACAUCAUUACCAAAGUGGCAAACAUGGAACUAUACUACAAAGCGAUCAACUUCUACUUGGACUACAAGCCACUCCUCCUGAACGACCUACUCCUCGUGCUUGCCCCUCGGAUGGAUCAUACUCGCGCAGUCAACUUCUUCACCAAAGCCGGCCAUUUGCAACUUGUCAAAGCCUACUUGAGAUCCGUACAAAGUCUUAACAAUAAGGCUGUUAAUGAAGCUCUCAAUUCCUUGUUGAUUGAUGAGGAAGAUUACCAGGGUCUUCGAACGUCGAUAGACGCAUUUGAUAACUUCGACACUAUCGCACUGGCUCAGCAACUUGAAAAGCACGAGCUCACAGAGUUCAGAAGGAUCGCCGCUUAUCUAUACAAAGGCAACAACAGAUGGAAGCAGAGCGUGGAGCUGUGCAAGAAGGACGCAUUGUACGCCGACGCAAUGGAAUACGCGUCCGAGUCGCGCCAACCCGAAGUCGCCGAAGAGCUUCUCAACUGGUUCCUUGAGAGAGACAACUACGAGUGCUUCUCGGCUUGUUUAUACCAGUGCUACGACUUAUUGAAACCAGAUGUAGUCAUCGAGCUCGCAUGGAGGCAUAACAUUAUGGACUUCGCUAUGCCCUUCCUUAUUCAGACGGUGCGCGAGUUAACAACAAAGGUUGAAAAGCUGGAAGAAGCGGACGCCAAGCGUAGCACCGAGAGCGCCGAACAGGAGGCCAAGCCCGCCAUGAUGAUGGAGCCACAACUCAUGCUUACCGCCGGUCCUUCCAUGGCAUACGCAGGGGUACCACCGCAGGCGUCGCCGUACGCGUACGCCGCUCAAGCGCCGUCACCGGCCCCCUACCACGGCUACGGCAUGUAGGGCACUGCCUCCCCACAAUUGUGGGGGAGCUACGCUCAUUUUUGAGCCAUCUACAGCCAUCAUUGGCCAUACCGCCCGACUUGUGUGAUAUCACAGUGACACAGUGAAAUUUUAUGACGUGAUUCUUAGUGGAGUAAUGUAUAACAAGUGUUAAUAAAACCGCUAAAGUAAGUGCACGUCUUUACACUUCUAAAACGUGGAAUAUAUCUGUAAACGUUUCCAGUUAUAAUCACAAUUUAAAUAAAAUUUGAUGCGUAGAAAAUACUGCUUCAAUAAUACAAUCGAAAUGAGAGGUAGGUACUUCAGUGUUAUACUUCUCGUAUCUCAUACAUCUUGUAUUGAUAACUAUUCGUAAUGUCUGUAUUAGCAUUUUGUAAAAUUAGCAAAUUCUUUACAAAAACACACAAGUCUGCGGUCAUUAUUCAAAUUAAAGCAAACAAUAAUCAUCUUUAAUAUAUUUGCUCUAUAAACCAGUUUCCUAUAAGGAUUAGAACAAUCUUAUGACAUAACAUAUUGUUUAAAACUUUACCAAGGCCUAAGACUUUAUUUUCAAUGCAAAUGCUUGAGAUGAAGUCGCAUCUUACUGAUGAAGUCACAUUGCUCUUAUAUAAAAGAGAUACACCGGUUUUUGUGCCGGGACUUUAAUUAUUUGUAGUUAGGUCAAAAUCGCUACACAGUUGACCUGUACAAAGUAAUUCGAUUAUAAAGGGAGCUCUCGUUAUAAAGUGCUUUAUUUGUAAAGCAAUGAGAGUUUAUACACCAUUAAUCUUGUUAUGGCUUAGCAUAAAGGAUUUCGACUAUUAAUACAAUAAAAAUAAACAUUUACAACAAUUUUAGAACACCAGUAUUUAUAAGUCAAUCUUUUACUUUUAUUGACCACCACCUCACCCGAUAAAUAUGGAGCAUACUUAUCUAGAAAGUGCCUAUUUAUUCUCGCCUUUUAAAGGAAGAUGUAUUGGGGAAAAGAACAUAAGCAAACAAAUAGAUUGGCAUCUAUGCAAUUAUUUUGGCUGCAAU